CCAGCCAGUACCAAGAAACAACUGAAACAGUGAACACACAAUACAAACUCGAAAACAUUACAAAGACUUUUUCAUCAUCAGCAUUAUAAAUCAUCACCAGCUUUUAUGUUCGCAUUAAAAUAAAUAGAAUAUCGUUAAUUUUAAGGUUCAAAGUAAAAGGAGUAGUGAACGGCUGCACCGUGAAGUGAUUUUUAGUUCGAAAUCGCAGAAAAAUAGUGCUGUACCGAGUAUUAAAUCAAUAGUGUUGAGUCAGCUCGAACGAGAAUCCGAUCGUGAGGCGUGAAUUAACUCUUGUUUAGAGAAGAAAAAACAAAGAAAAUCAAUUCAUUUUUGUGAAUUACCUACCGGACAUCGGAACUUGAUACAAAACUAGCAGCACCAUGCCUCCAUCGCGUUUGGACGGACUUUACAGAUCGCUGCUGUUGACCAAAUUUUUCUGCAAAGGCUGGGGAAAGCCGGAGAAUCUUGAAAGACUCUUCGAAUUCCGCAAGAUCAUCUCGAAUCGGGCAGCCUGUUCGAAGCUUGUGCCGCGGGACUAUCCGGUCGAAAUUACCAAAGAGGAACAAACGUCCGACUGUAAGAUCAUCGAGGGUAAAUUCAAAACACCACUGGAAAUCUAUCUGCCCGGGCUGGUACCGGAUGUGGUUCAGGAUGCACACUUCCAGAUGCUGCUACCGCACAAAUGGAACGACGAACGUUUCAAGCCGAUGUGCAUUCAUCUCGCCGGAACCGGUGAUCACUACUUCUGGAAACGACGCAAUCUAAUUGCAAAACCUCUUCUGAAGGAAGCAAACCUCGGGGCAAUUAUUCUAGAGAACCCAUUCUACGGAUUGCGCAAACCAAAAGAUCAAAAAGCAUCGAGUCUUCACAAUGUCUCGGACAUCUUCGUGAUGGGCGGUUGUCUGGUGCUAGAAUCACUGGUCCUGCUUAAUUGGUGCGAGCGCAAUGGUUAUGGUCCCCUCGGAAUUACCGGGCUGUCGAUGGGUGGUCACAUGGCUUCGCUUGCCGCUACCAACUGGCCAAAGCCGUUGGUUUUGGUACCUUGUUUAAGCUGGUCAACCGCUUCGGCCGUCUUUACGGAGGGCGUCAUGAGUCAUUCGAUCAGCUGGGACGUUUUGGAAACGCAGUAUUUUACCGACGGCAAAUUCCGAGAGCGCUUGUCCAAGAUGGUAACCGUUGUGGAUGAUGCGUUUGUAGCUGGUCAGCAUUUCGUACAAAAUUUCAAGCAAUCUGUUCAGGAAUUGAAGAGAGAUAUCUCGGACACAAACCAACUGGCAAGCGAAGAUUCUUUCAACGAUGUAAAUUUAACAGUAGUCCGCGAGACCACUCCCGAAAGAGAGCAGAAGCGGAUCCAAAUUAAUCGUCGAAACGUACUAAAUCUGUCGCAACCGUUGCUCAAUAAAUUGCUGUCGAAUGUGAAGUGCGAGUUAACACAGGACGAAAUCGACGAGUUGAAUAUGAAAAUUCAAAUUGCGCUCAAAAAGUACAAGGAGGAAAACAAGACUGAUCAGGAUGCGAUGAUUUUGGAAGUGAAAGCCGAGGAUGUGUCAGAGACGGCACCGUCCAAGUCACUGGGAGCUAAAAUUAUGGAGUAUCUCAGCUGGGGAAGUAACAGUAACACGGAUGUAGCACCGUUGAUGGAGAAGCGGGAGCCAAUCGAUACCACCAAAACCCGUUGGUGGGAGCGGGAAGCGCUGCAGUUCAUGCGCGGUAUGAUGGAUGAGUGUACUCAUCUGAAAAACUUUUCGGUUCCCUUCGACACUUCGUUGAUCAUAGCCGUUUGCGCCAAAGAUGAUGCGUACAUUCCACGUGAGGGUUGCUCUAGUUUGGAAGAUAUUUGGCCAGGAGCUGAGAUUCGGUAUCUCGAUGCAGGACACGUCAGUGCCUAUGUUUUGCACCAGAAACUGUUCCGAUCAUGCAUAGUCGAAGCAUUCGAGCGAGCCCGAAAGAAGUGGAUUCCGGAGCAUGAACGAUUGCAUGAAGUGAACAGUAAUCUAAAACGUUUGGAAUAAAUUGUUAACAGUCCAAUGAUUUGGACUAAAAAUCUCUUCGACCCUCGUUGAGGGAAAAGGCUGUGACGAAACUUUUACAUUGAACUAACCCAAAAAAAUAGCAAAAUCGAUAAAAAAAAUCUCAAGUCAUUCCAGACGAGCAACCCUGCACCGUGGAAGCGAACUGUUUUUAUUCGGAUACGCGGAAAUAUCAGGUGUCGAAAAGAAUGCACUUGUCAAAAAAAAGGCAACCGAAACUGUAAAUACUACGACGAGAGAUUAUCGAACCUCGAAUAAGUUUGAUUUUGUGAGGAAAGCUAAUGUAUAUAUAUAUGAAGGACAGCGCUUUGCAUUUACUUCUUAUCCAGAAGUAAAUUGAGGAAGCGACCAAGCAGAAGACUGCCAGGGAAAGCGUAUCGAGGAGCGCAGCUUGUAUUUUUAAGCAAUCAGUAUUUCCAACAAAAAAACUAUGUUUAGAAAUCAUGCAACGCUUGAAUUUAGUCGAAAGACAACACAUGUACAAUUUCCAUACAGAAAUACAUUCAUUGUAGCUUUAGAUGUAGCGUCACCCGCUACUGGAUGGCAAA